AUGAAACUACCACUUGCAUACAUCUCCACUAGAAGUACAUCAGAUGGCGGCACCGACCGAACCAACACCAUCAGAAUCGUAUCAUGGACCAUCCUUGUCAUUACGAUCAUGGUCUUUGGCGCACGCCAGAUUAUGAAAGUCGUUGUCUUUCGAAAAGCGACGCUCGAUGAUCUUCUCACAUUUUUAGCAUUCUCAUUUGGCAUCAGCCUUUCAAUAAUGGCUAUUGUUUUGUCAUCGGAGGGCCUCGGCACCGUUGACCCAUUGGCGCUUGAGCAGACCGACUUGCUUAUGAAAGGCUAUUACGCGUCCGAGAUUUUAUAUGUUGCAGCCAUUGGCUUCGCGAAGUUAUCGAUUUUGGUGUUGUUCUACAACGUUGUUGUAAUGCAGCGCAUUAUCCGCCGAAUCGUGAUGGCUUUCGGCAUUUUGGUAGCAGCUUGGACGAUAGCAUCGGUUGUAGCCAUCGCAUUCCAGUGCGAGCUUCCUCGGCCAUGGGAGAUUGUAAGCCUGCAAUGCUCCAACGCGCGGAUCUUCUGGAUCGUCUAUUGCAUAGUCGACAUGUCAACCGAGGUCGCCAUCAUUAUGCUGUCAGUACACCUUGUGGCAUGUCUUCAAUCUUUGUUCAUUGAGUAUCCACAACUUCCUGAGCGCUCCCUCGGUGAGAACCGCUGGAAAGGAUUCGAGAACCUCGUUCUGAAGGAACUCGCCAUAAAAGAUGACGAGACAAAAGUUUCUUAG